AGCACCCAUCCCCACCUCCAUCCCGAACUCAUCAUUGAUCCUUCACCGACCUGAGCUGAUCACCGUUACGGUACGAUGUCUAUGAUACGACAAGCCUACUCCUGCUCCUCCCUCCCCACCCUCCUCCAAGAAGAAGCCAAACACCAACUCGAUCUGUUGCAUCCACACCCACCGCACGCUUUGCAGCAUUCACAUCAUUUCUAUCACGCGCCGCGUAGUGUUAAUGUGUUGAAUGAGGAGUGUGGGCGGAGAGGGAGGGGGAGGUUGAGAUCGCGGUUGCGAUGGGCGGGGAGUGGUGCGAUUGAGGACGACGGCUUCUCUACCGACGACGAGCACCUCACCAUCAACACUCGCACUCGUACCCGCACCAACCUCCCCUUCCGCGCAGCCAGGUCCGGGAUCCACACACCCACCCAAACCCCACCCCAAUCACCCCCCCAUCACAACCCCUCCCUUCAUCCCCUCAACUCACACAUCCCCCUCCCUACCCUUGGCCUCCCCUCCACACACACCCCAUCCAUCUCCCGUCCUCCGUCUCCGCCAACCUCCCCAAAACCCCCCAUAACCCGCCGCCUCUCAAAAGACCAACAAGGCAUCCUUAUCGACCUCAAAGCGCACGGCGAAGGAUGGGGGAGUAUCAUGCAACAACCGAGUUUGCGUGGGUUGAAGUUUAGUUGGUUGGUGUUUGAGUGGGAGAAGUAUGAACGGCGGAGGGGUGAGGGAGGGGAGGUGGAGGGGUGUGCCGAGGAUGAAUUUUGAUGGCGAGGUGGAGUUAGGGUAGGGUGGAUUUGAGAUUGAAGGUGCGAGGGAGAGGAGCAUGACAGAUGACGGCAUGAUGGCGAAUCGUUGCGGUAGUGCCGCGUGCCAACGGUCAUGGAACGGAGGGACGAUAUGACAAGAAAGGCAGUGUGCUUGAGAGCCUGGGACUGGGAUGAUCUGCAGGACAGAAUGAAGAUUCUUCUGUACGGUACGGUACGAUACGGGUACGGUUUAGCACGGCGCAGGCGCUCUAUUUUCCUUAGCUUAGCUUCAACGACAGUACUUGUUACUCUUCAUUAAUAAUCCCAUAAUAACACACCA